AUGGAUCAAGCCAAGGACGGUCCUGUCCUCAAACAUUUGGACGAUGCCGACACCGCUGCUGAUACUUAUGCCGCGAUCAUGGCAACGCAUAAGCCUAAUCCACGAGGACCCGGUUACAUCAGGCUUUACCUUCUUGCGACAGUGCUGUUCUUCUGUUCAACUAUGAAUGGCUAUGACAGCGCUCUGCUAGGGUCCAUCAACGCGUUGCCAAACUACACGGAAUACUUUGGGCUACCUACGAAGGGCAACGCAAGCACGGGUAUUGUGUUCGCCAUCUUUCAGGUCGGUCAAAUGAGCGGCGCCCUCUUCAUCUGGAUGGCAGAUUGGUACGGUCGGACCUGGCAUAUCUUUUUCGGCUGCCUGGGUGUCUGCGUGGGAACAAUUAUCACGGCACUAUCCACGAGUCUGCCCAUGUUCAUAGGCGGCCGCUUCAUCUUGUCCUUUUUCGCUACCUGUGCUCACACGUCUGCGCCCCUUUACCUGGUCGAGAUCGCACCUGCUCGGUAUCGCGGCACCAUCGCAGGCCUCUACAACACCUUUUACAACGUGGGCUCGAUCUUGGCAACCUCGGCAGUAUACGCGUGCCACCGCUACCUCAGUGAUCGAGGAGACUUGGAUUGGAGAAUACCACUGUGGCUACAAAUGGUGUGCCCUGGAUUUGUCUGCGUCUUGAUCAAGUUCUUCCCCGAAUCUCCCCGAUGGCUCGUCGCCAAAGACCGGCAUGAUGAGGCCAAGAACAUCAUAGCAACUUACCACACCAACGGAGAUUUGGACCAUCCUCUCGUAGACCUCCAGAUGAAAGAAAUGAUUAACUCGAUCGAUCCGACUCACGCAGCAUCGUGGAAAGAUCUCUUCGACUUGAGAGUCCUCGUUGAGACCCGGUCUAGCAGGUACAGGCUCAUGCUCAACAUUGCGUUCUCUUGGUUUGGACAAUUCAGCGGCAACAAUAUCAUCUCAUACUACCUCCCCAUCAUGCUCGCGGGUGUCGGCAUCACCGAUACGGACACGAAGCUGAUCCUCAACAUCGUAUACUCUGUCAUUGGCUGGGUUUUCUCAACCGCAGGCUCUCGUCUCCACGACGUUGUCGGGCGCCGUAAGAUGCUCAUUGGCACGGCAUCGGGUAUGACUGUUUGUCUGGCCCUCGUCGCGGGCUGCUCUGCGGGCUACACCGACUACGGCAACAAGACGGCUUCGACGGUCAGCAUCGUUUUCAUCUUUAUCUUUGGUGCCAUCUUUGCCACAGGGUUCACGCCGAUGCAACCCAUCUACCCGGCCGAGGUCGUCAGUAACAAGAUGCGCGCCAAGGCGAUGGGGACUUUCAAGCUGACGGCUGGUGCGGCGGGAUUUCUCAACACUUUUGUUGGACCUAUAGCUCUCUCAAAUAUUGGUUAUUGGUUUUAUGUCUUCUUCGUGGCCUGGGAUAGUUUCGAAAUCCUCUUCAUGUAUUUCUUCUUCGUUGAAACCAAGGGCUUCACGUUGGAGGAACUUGAUGAAGUUUUUGAAGCAGAAAACCCCCGGAAAGCUUCGGUAGAGGCCAAAAAGAGACAACAGCAGAUUAUGAGGCAGGGUCCAGUUGCGGCUUGA